GCCUCCCGAGCUACAGAAUGGAGUUUCAGUGACUCAGAUAAUCACAAAAAUAAAGACGACAAAACCUAGAAUAAUUCAAACGAGAAACAUGGCGACAGGCAGGCCGGCUCUGAGCAGUGUGGCAGAGAGUAUUACUAUACGAGUCCAGUCCCCUGAUGGGAUGAAAAAAGUUUCAGCAACCAAGCGAGACACAGCUGCUGCGUUUUUAAGAAAGGUCGCUAAGGAGUUUGGGUUCAGCACCAAUGGCUUCUCUGUUUACCAGAAUAGAAACAAGACUGGAGAAAUUACGUCGCAGAGCAAAUCGCUGAGUCUUCUCAAGAUCAAACAUGGAGACAUGCUGUAUCUGUUCCCCUUGGCCGCCCCAGGACCCUCUGGUGAGAUCAUGGAUGUAGCAACGCCUCCUUCAACAUCAUCGACAUCGUCAUCAUCGCUCUCACGACCCCAGUCUUCGUUAUCACGACCUCAGACCGCAACUCAAAUCACAGAGGAUGAGAUUGACCAGUAUCUGGCCAAACAAGAUGGGAAGAUUUACAGAAACCAAGAUCCCCAACUGUGCCGACACGGUUCAAUGGGGAAAUGCGUGCACUGUGUACCCUUAGAGCCUUUUGACGAGGAUUACCUCAAUCACCUGGACCCACCGGUCAAACACAUGUCAUUCCAUGCGUACAUCCGCAAACUGACAGGAGGCGCUGACAAGGGGAAGUUUGCAGCCCUGGAGAACAUUAGCUGUAAGAUUAAGUCGGGCUGCGAGGGACACCCACCUUGGCCAGAGGGGAUCUGUACCAAGUGUCAGCCCAGCGCAAUCACCCUCAACAGACAGAAAUACAGACAUGUGGAUAAUAUCAUGUUUGAGAAUCACACCAUCGCUGACCGCUUCCUUGACUUCUGGAGAAAGACUGGGAACCAGCGAAUGGGCUACCUGUAUGGACGCUACACAGAGCACAAGGACAUCCCUCUGGGCAUCAGAGCUGAAGUGGCAGCCAUCUAUGAGCCUCCCCAAAUCGCGACCCAGAACAGCUUGGAGCUCGUGGACGAUCCCAAAGCUGGAGCUGUGGAGGAAAUUGCAGCUAAACUGGGCCUCCGAAAGGUGGGUUGGAUAUUUACAGAUCUGCUCUCUGAAGACACCAGGAUAGGUACAGUCCGGUACAGCAGAAACAAGGACUCCUAUUUUUUGAGUGCAGAGGAAUGCAUCACAGCUGGCGAUUUCCAGAACAAACACCCCAACACCUGCCGCCUCUCUCCCGACGGAGACUUUGGAUCGAAGUUCGUCACUGUGGUGGCAACAGGGGGCCCUGAUAAUCAGGUUCACUUCGAGGGGUACCAGGUGUCGAAUCAGUGCAUGGCGCUGGUGCGGGACGAGUGUCUACUGCCCUGCCGUGACGUGCCCGAGCUCGGCUACGCCAAGGAGUCCAGCACUGAGCAGUACGUACCGGACGUCUUCUACAAGGACAAAGACAAAUUUGGAAAUGACAUCACCUAUUUAGCACGGCCACUGCCUGUGGAAUACCUGAUCAUAGAUAUAACCACCACUUUCCCGAAGGACCCAGCUUACACAUUCACAUCCACGCAGCGCUUCUCCAUUGAGAAUCGAGACGUCCUGGGAGAGACACAGGAUUUUCACAGCCUCGCCACGUAUCUUUCCCAGAACACAUCUACUGUGUUCCUCAACAUCGUGUCUGAUUUCCACCUCCUCCUCUUCCUGGUAACCAACGAGGUCAUGCCUCUCGGAGACAGUAUCGGCCUCCUGCUGGAUGCAGUGAAGACAUCCAAUGAGGAACUAGCACAGACCUGGAGGAAAUCAGAACAAUGGGCAACAAUCGAACAGCUGUGCAGCACAGUUGGCGGGCAGUCAUCAGGGUUACCUGAUUACGGUGCCAUGGGAGGGCCCCCUAACCCCACCUCCUCCUCUUCGAUGUGGUCCUGCCGCCACUGCACCUUCAUGAACCAGCCCGGCACGGAGCAAUGUGAGAUGUGCAGUCUGCCCCACAGCUAGACCUGACACCCCCACGGGGAGGAAUGGGGAAGGGGGGUGAAGAGACCACAAGCAACAUCAUUGGACUGGGCACUGGGACCAGUUACAGGAACUAGUGUCUCCUAUCUGUCUUUUACUUUCACACCCCCUGACCGAUCUCAAAACACACACCUGGUACCCAUUCUCUUUUUCUAAAUGAUGUCACUGUGCAGUUUUACCACUGAGCAGCAAGAGGCUCCAUAGAACUACAAAUAAAAACUAUCCAAAUAUCAGUUUGUGAGGAUCCCCUUAAUUAAGGCAGUCAGAUUGGAAAGUGCUUGGCAAAGAAUUGCUUCUCUAAAAUUCAGUGAAGCACUUUCUCCUGUGGUAGAGCUCGUCUCUGGAGCCCAGACUGAUCGCUCCUGUGCUGCAGGAUGGCAGCUGUAAAACCAGAGAUCAAACAAACUUGUUCUGCUGACGCAAGCUCACUCACCUGUCUCCGCCACUUCAGUCAAAAGUAACCCUGACAUUCUUGGUGUAAAAGGAAUGAUGCUGUUAUUUAAAUGCAACCAGAUUGCUUUUUUUGUAGUAGUACUAUUUAUGGAAUUUUAAACAUACACUUUGUACUAUUUCCUUUGAACACACAGUACAGAGAGAGGUGAUGCUUUGUGGAGAAACUUACCAGCAACAAAAAAAAUAAAUAACAAGGGCUGGGCUGGACUGUCAACUCACUAGUAAAAUCAAUGGCCUGUGAAUGCUCUUCCUCCUUGACCCUCUGCUAAUUUCUUUUGGAAUGGGAUUGUUUAUUAUUGACACUGUUUAGUAAUCCCCAGUGUCCCAGAUUCUUUUAUAAUCUAUUACACCCGGCAUGGAUUAUUGAUUUGGCACUAUCCUAGAUUCGAUUCUCAGGAUCCCCCUCUGUUUCUCUUUCUGGUUUAGUGCUAAACCAGUAAAACUGAAAUCAUUGGCUGUGGUGCUGGUACUGGUUUUUACUGACAUUGUAUCCCAAUAUAGCUCUCUGGAUCUCCAGUUAUGCUGUGUAAAUUCUGUUCAGCCCACACUGAAAUAUAGCACUAAUCAACACCGCUCAAGUAAACUCCUCCUUUAUGGUCGUUUUUUUCUGAAGGUUUUCCCAGCAAAAGUAUGUUUUCUUUCGAGCUGCGCAAUGUCUCCGCUGUACUGGCUGCUUACACUGAUCUAAUUGUGGUUCUGAUGACCUGGAGCUUGGCUUGAAUUUAAAAGGUUUAAUGCCACACAGAUUUCCCCCUAUAUCUCUUCAAAAGGGCCAGGAUAAGAAGCUUGAUACCAUGGGUUUGCUAGUGGGGAUACAAAUUAAUUUAUUUGCAGUGCAUGUGAAGUGUGUUUGCACCAUUCCUAACAAUUAAUAAAUACACCCUUUGGAGGCGUUAAAAACAUGCUUUGAAUAGCAGCUACCAGGAGGCAGUAGUUGUGUGUGAGGCUCUUAUCACUAAGCAGGUUUCAAGUCGUGAUGAUCACAGCCUAUACUUAAAAUGUAUCUCUUGUUUCUGUGACACUCUUUCUUACCCUCUGGCUUGCAGAUGUGUGUUGUUGGGUUAUUCUAAUUACAGCCCUGCCAUUCAAAUAUAAUAAAAAUCAAAGAAACGGUCA